UUAGACCCCCAAAUCAUACACAGUACGCUUGUGCCGCCCGUGGCGACAACUGAAGUUUGUUUACGAACACAAAAACCUUUCAGUUGGUGAAUGCUUGAAUCGUAUUUAGUCGUUGCUAACUAACUGUCCAUCAUGUGCCGUGAAGAGUUUCGUUUGUCUCAAGUCAAAUUACAUCAUUCUGACGCCAAAGAUUUCAUCGGAUCACUGUGGUUUCCAGCUGCCCUGGUGACCGCAUAUCGCUGUAUUUUUUUCGCUUAUUGCCUGGGUUGGAUAAUAUAUAGCGGUUUCCAUCCCGCUAAUGGCGCGGAAAAAUGGUUCAUCUACUUGACAAACUGGGGUUUUACCUUUGUGACGUUGUAUUUCCUGUGGGCUUCUGUGGUCAGCGUUCUGAAUCACUUUGGAAUCACAAACAACCAAGUGGACUUGCAAAUGAAGGCUACUGGCAAUCGUGACAGUGACGUAGAGGGGGAAGAAGGCCUGGGCGAUAGAGUCGAUCAAUCCGCAAUGAACAUGUCGUGGUAUCACAAGGGAUUAUGGGUCGUUUUCAACAUUGCUGCCAAUACUGCCAUUUUUGUGACCCUUUUAUACUGGACACUACUUUUUGGCGGCACAACCAGUGGUCUGGAUGUGAGUACCCAUCUUAUAAACAGUGUUGUGAUUGUUGCAGACCUAAUGCUGAGUACCCUUCCGGUCAGAAUUCUUCAUGUUUUCUAUCCACUGGUCUUGGGUGUUUGUUAUCUGUUGACAACUGUUAUUUUUUGGGCAGUUGAUGCGACUAACGCUCGUGGUGAGCCGUACAUCUACUCCUACAUAGAUUACGACAAGAGCCCGGGUUUUUCUAUUGGUCUUGUGCUCGGCUUUCUUCUGGUCGGGCAGCCUUUGGUUCAGAGUCUUCUUUUCGGUUUGUACAAACUACGCUGCUUUCUAGGCUUGAAAUGUGGCAAGAAAAUAUAAUUAUAACACAACCAAAGUAAAGCGCGCGCUCUGAUUGGUCAAUUUAGCGUCCCCCAUU